CGGAAUCUGAUGUGGUGAGCGUGUAGCAGCCAUUUUCUGAAUCUACCGACCGGUGAUCUUCCCUCCCUCCCUUGUGCUAUAGUGCGCUCACGAUAAGGCAUCCGAUCUGAAGAUGUUCUUCAAGCGCGUGUUCUCUGCGGGCAAGGCACGGGCCAGGCGGCAGCAGCAGCAGCGGGAGGGACCCAGCCCUCGGAGCCGUUCUCCCGAGAAGCCACCGGCCGAGCCGACCCUGAGCCCCUCCCACUUCAGCGCCAACUCACCGCUGCCGCUGGGCAUGUGCAACUCCACCGAUCUCAUGGCGUACGACCCCGUCCUGCACCUCAUGGCGCUCCCACUCAACACAGGCAACAUGCGCAUCGUCUCAAGGUAUGUCAGCGGACAAGCGAAGCAACACACAGACACACACACAUGCCGGGUGUCAGUCAGAUGGACGGAUGUGGUUUGGUGUGUGGCUUCUCUUCUGCAGUGAGCUCGAGUACAUACUCGAGAACACGGCAGUGGCGGUGCGCUUCGACACGGUGGCCUUCAUCGCCGGCAAGGGGCUCAUCAUCACCACAGGCGUGUCCGCCACCGGCAGGCACCUCAUCCAGUUCUGGAACCUCGCCGCUGCCGACACCGUGGCUGCCUCAGAGUUCUCCCCCUCCACCCUCACUGUCCGCUUCCGCACUACCGUGCUGGAGAAGAGCACUGGCACCCCUGCACUUGGCCCCGUCACCCCCGUCAUGAGCCCGGCGGCCUCACCUCGGCUCUUCUACCUGGGCACCGAUGAGGGCGAUGGUGAGUGAGCAGACUGCAAAGAAAGGGUAUCUAUCACACAUCAUGUCAUGCCUGUCUGUCUGUCUGCAUGUCUGUCUGUGUUUGUGUGGUACGGUACAUGGUGCGUUCAGUCCGGAUUGUAGACGCGAUGCGUCGGGAGCUGACGUCAUACUGCAUCGCUCGCGAGAUGGUGGGCAAGGAGCUGACCAGUGUGUUUGGCAACGGAUGGGCCGAGGCAUUUGCUGACCCUGUCAAGCCACUGCCUGUCCGCCUGCCCGAAACGGCCACCUCCCGCCCCACCGCCACUGUCGGGUUUGUGGUCACGGGCAUCGCUGAGAACCCCGUGGAGCCAUCACGUCUGCUCAUCGGCUAUGCGGGGGGCAUUGUGGUGGAAUGGAGCCUCGACAAAUGCAAGUGAGCCAGAGAGACCACUGAGGGAGGCAGGGAAGGAGGGAGGGAGGGAGAGUGGUCUGGCAUGCGUAGGUGAUUAUAUGUGAUGUGGGUGCUGUGUUGGAUUGGUGCGGUGCCUGCAGGGUGUCCCGUAUCUUUAGUUCAGUCGGCAGUGGUCGCCCCGGGCUGCCCAACUUUUCGGUCCACUCGCUGACAUGGCACCCCGACGGUCGGCUGUUUGCCGUGGCGGGCAUGGGUGGAGGCGGGGCCAUCCCGCGGGAGCCCCUGGUGCUGGUCUUCAACUCUCACGGCAAGAUCGCCUGCCCCGCUGCUACCGUGUCGCUCCCUGGCGUCACUGGCGCCACACUCAGGGUUAGCGAGAGGCCACACACCACACCAGCAACUAGGUGCCCUGCAUAGAGGCAUCUCCGGUCUUCCUGUCUCUUGUGUGUCGUGUUCGCAGGCUGCGAUCGUGCCGUUCAUUUACUGGGACGCCCCCGCCACCACAGCUCCCCCUCCACCCCCACCAAUCAUCAAGACACAAUCACCCUCGACGCCGGGCGGUCGCCCCCAAAGACCCCCUCCUACUGCUGCAGGCUCAUUGCAGGUGCCCGCUCAGGCACCUCCAAGCGCAGUCGUUAUCGGUGGAUCCAUCGCAGCAUCGCGGGGCCAUCCCCAAGCGUCGUCGGCCCCCUUACCUCAGGGCGUCACCGUCCCGGCCCAGCCGCAUGCAGCGUCAUCGAGCGGCGAGGGUCUGUCGUCAUCGGCAGUGUUGAUUGGCCAUCUGUAUGUGAUGACUCGCCCGGCGCCAUCGGAGGGCUUCGUUAGGAAGGGCACCAAGAUGGAGGAGCUGGUGCCUGAGCCCGAUGCAGCAGAGAAGACCAAGGACAAGCCGCCGGCGGCGGGGGACGAGCAGAGCCCGCAGUCCAAGAACGUGUUCGAAGCCUUGGCGCAGGAGCAGCAGCUGGAUGACAAGACGACCAAUGCCGAGGCAGCUGAUGCUGGUGCGAGUGUGGAGGCGGAGGUCGACGUGGCGGCCUCGCCGCAGGGCACCUCCUACUCCCUCCCCACCAUCAGCGUGAGGUCUUCAACGGACCUCAGAGUCAAUAGCGGCGACGAAUACAAUUUGUGGAAGCUCAAGGGCCACCUGUGGACGCAGGCCACCGCCAUCUUCGCUCCCGCAUCCUGCCCCGACGGCCUCGACGCAGUCACGCUCAUCCCACCCCCUCAGAUCAGGCUGCCGCCCGGGGCGUAUCGAGUCACCAACGGCCUGGUCGGCCCGGGGCUGCCACUAGAUGUGGAGGCAGCGGGAGGGAGAAUAGGCGACGAGGUCCACCGGCUGAUCACCCCGGUCGAGGGCGGGCUCUCCGCCAUCGCAUUGACGGCCGCCCCCUACCACCGCCUGAUCGGUGCCGUGUUGGUUGCCGGCUCCGUGAGCUCUUCAUCGAGCCCGAGGGGCAGCUCUGCGUCACUUCAGGAGGGGCAGUGGACGGCAGUUGAGGCGUGCGAGUCGGCAGAGCCCCGCAGGCUGACCCAUCCGAUAGAGUUCACCCCCGAGUGGCAGUCGCUUCAGAUGGGAGGCGUCAGCUCCAUCAAGUAUGUGCCCAGGGGAGGGGCAGCGGGGGGCGAGGGCGACGCGGGCACCACCGAAUCCAACUCGGUCGACCAUUCCGUCAACGCCAUGUUUACCACGCGGACGCGGCGGAUGCUGGGGCAGCUGAGGCGAUCGAUUGACCCACUGGCCAUGGCCACUGCGGGGUCGGACAGCGGCGAGAGGGAUCGAAUGGAGCUGAGACAGGAGGACAUGAUCCCCAUCGCGUCGAGCACAUGGGGCAGAUCGACGGAAGAGUUCUACAGCGGUGUCCUCGUCACGGGCCACAAGGACGGCAGCGUCAAACUGUGGGCGGUGUUCCACGCCCACCUGGUGCUCCUUCACGUCAUCUCGUGCAUCAGCAGCCCGCUCGACCACCCAUCCCGCCGUAGCUCGCGAGUGUUCGGUGAGGUGGGGAGUGACAGUGGCGGCGAGAGGUGCGUGUUGGAUGAGGCGGACAGCCGUCCAGUGGUGAGGCUGAUGCCGAUGGAGCCCUCGGUGAGUGCCGUGGAGGUGUGGGUGGACGCCAAGGAGCUCGAGAGGCGGGACUAUGUGGUGAUGGGGUGCGAGAGCGGGGAGGUGUGCGUGUGGAGAUGGCAGAUGACCGCUGCACCACUGGCGCCGUCCGAGUGCCUCGAGAUGCAAGUACAGCAAGUGAGUGAGCCGAGCGAGCCACAUUCCACCAGACAGGCAUGGGUGUGUGGAUGGAUGGAUGGAUGCUAUGUGUCUUCUUUGUCGCCGUUGGUUGCCUGCCUGCAGAUGGUUGAGACGGAGCCGGGUCAUGAGCAAGAGGUGCACGAGCAGCUCACAUCCGCCCAGAUCCCCUCUCCCUCGCAAUCCCCUUGUCCCUCCCAGCCUAUUGGUCCCCGACAAGCCAUGUUCAUGCGACAAGACACCCGAGACCAGAAGCAAGGCUCACCGACACACUCCCCCACACAUACACAUGGGAGGCAGCCCACCGGCCCCUCCGCCCCUCUGCUGUCAUACGGGUUUCAGUGCUGUCUGCGGGUCAUGCACCACCACAACCCCAUCACUGUCGUGGCCAUCGUACCCCUCUCGAUGCUCGAGACGCAGAAGCUGGUCCUCGUCUCUGCUGGUGAGGAAGGAGCGCACUGCAUGGUGCACACGCAAAGACGUCCGGGGGCGGUGGAAUUGAAGCAGCCCUUUGGUGUUUGCCCUGCUUGUCUGUGUGUGUGCAGACGCUAUGGGUCAGCUGUGCGUGACGGAUCUGACCACAGGGGACUGCCUGCUCAACAAACUAGUGCCAGAGGGGGAAACCAACGAGGGUGCCGCCCGCGAGCUGGCCAAAGCCUUCAGCGUGGGGUCUCUCGGCUGGACGUCCAUCGACGCAUUUACGCCCCUCAAAGCCACCCACCCCCUCAGCUUCUCGCAAACAGACCCAGCCGACUCACCAGAGGAGCCGCCGACUGACCUCCAGGCCACCACGCAAUGGACAAAGGGAUAUGGACUGAUCGGUCUGUCCAACGGGGAGCUGGUGCAGCUGGACUUUGCAGCCAAUACCGUGUUGACGGGGGCCGUGUACCGCACCACGCUGCCAGAGGGCGGACACAUCAUACUGCUGGAGGAGCUGGGCGGCGACGAGAGGGAGAGUGAAGGAGACGAGGGGGGUCGACGCAGCAGCGAGGAGUCAUCGAGCGGGGCAGCGAUGCCCAUUAAUGUGGUGGUGGCUGUGAGGGCGCACUGGGCGGGAAUCGUCCACUGCGACAAUGGACAGCCCGCAAGGGUGGGUGACGGGAGGCCAGGGCGUGGGAGUGGACGCAGAUGAGUGGUGUGUGUCAUGAGUUCUUUCUCUAUGGUUUGUGUGUGUGUGUGUGUGUGUGUGUGCAGGUGACGGGCGUUGCCUUUCAGCGAGAGGCGAUCCACGCCUGCACAGCCACAUUUGAGGGAUGCCCAUGCCUGGUACAUACGUAUGCCAACACACUCACUCACUCAUUCGUCUGCACAUCUCAUCCUUUAUGUCUGUCCCGGCGGCCACCAUCGCAGGUUAUCAUCUUCCGCGGCGGCCACGUGCACGUAUUCCUCAUUAGAGUCUCAGAGGAAGACCCGUCCCCCUCCCUCUCCCCCCUGCCCACCCUCACCCUCCACCUCGCAUCGUCCCUCUCGGCCCUGCAGCAGCUCCUCACACCCACGGACCGAUCGUCCAAGCUCCACCGAUUCAACCUGGCGUCAUUCGUGCCAACCCCCUCAUCCCACGCCCUCAUCGCCACCCGUCUGAGCGACGAGGAGACCUGGCGUGGCGGUGACCCAUCAGGCGUCUUUUGGACGUCCAUCGCACGGUCGUCACGGGACAAGGACGCCCGGUGGCGCGCCGACAACUGGCGAACACUCUCCAGGUUGUGUCAGUCAGUGGCGAUGGGCGAGCGAUGGCAGAGGGGGAGCGGGAGUGAGGAUGAUGGAGGGGGCGGGGUGCGGCCGACAUCCUUCUGGCAGAGCAUCAACCGGAACCUCUUUGGCGGGCCCAGGUCGGGGAGUCUGUCGGACUGGAUUGACGACGGGGCCAGCAGACGGGAGACCAACGGCGACCUCAUCGAUGCCCAGAGGGGGUGGAAACCUGCACAGGAAGACUUCUCGCCGGGACCUGGUACACACACACACACACACACACACAGAGAGAGAGACGGCUCGUACCAGUUAGUUCAUCAUCUUCCUCCCGUGCACGCAUCGUAUCGUGUGUGUCAUGCAGGCGAUCCGCAGUACAACCGUGCGUCGGUUCCCAAGCCCCGCCCGCCGCCCCCGCCCACGACGGCAGUGAGAAUGAGCGACCCUGACGUGGCGGCAUCGGCAUGGAUGGACCAGGUCCGCGCCACCAAGGCACCACCGCCGUCGACACGAGCAGCCGGCAAUGACACCAAUGCGGAGCGUCAGCGUGUGCGUGAGGGCGCGGCUGGGGUGCAGCAGUCGCUGGGGCAGGCCAAGGACACUGUGGGCAAGAACAUUGAGCGACUGCAGGUAAGUCGACGGACGGAUGCGGCGACAUUGAUUGAUUGCACGACUGGGUGGGACCUUUUCUGUGUCUGUCUGUCUUUGUGUUGUGUGUGGCCUGGACUGCCUGCAGGGUGUGUCGCUGAAAACCGACCAGUUGGCGGCCGAUGCCCAGGAGUUCUACAGCAUGGCCAAACAGGCAGGCAGAACAAACUAUAGCCAGGAGCAGAAACUCACAACCUCUUAUCUGUUUGCGGCCCUGUUUGUCCGCAGUUGGCCAACCGCUACAAGUAAAGAGAGAGUGAGUCGACGAGCUCGCAGGGCAGGCGGCGAAGGUUUUCAGUGCGUGUGCUGCUGGUGCGGUCUUGUGGGGUGUGUAGAUCUGCGCCAGUGAGUGCAGACAGACGAUAGAUGGAUUGAUUAUGUAGGCCAUUCAUUUCGUAUUGUGUGUGACGCGACGUUUUGUGAGACGUGCCAUGCGAACGAGCAACCAUUCAUUCAUUCAUUCACAUGCCA